AUAAAAAAAUAUUUGGAUACCUUAUUUUGCAAUAACAUAGAGCCGCCCUCUCAACAGAACACGCCGGCAGCCAUUAACGGCGAACAUAGGUUUUGUUUCCGGUGAACCAGUGAAGCUUCAAGCUCAGACACGAACCAGCCAGCGAGCUCGAAGCUCGUGCAACUGACAACAACCAAAUUCCACCGGUGAACCAGCGACACCAACUCCGGCAAAAGAGUUUUCAGCUGAAAAAGGUGAGCUUGACAAUGGAAGAAGAGAAGGGGUUGAAGAAAGAGAAGAAAAACAUCCCUGUAUUGCCAUGGAUGAGAAACCCAGUUGAUAUUACUACCUUUGAUCAAUGCUCUCUAGAUCUUUUGCCUUUUAUUGAUCCCAGGUUAGUGGCGGCUUUGAAGAAUAUGAGCAUCACUUCACUCUUUCCCGUGCAACUUGCUGUCUGGCAAGAGACUAUUGGACCUGGCUCUUUUGAACGAGACCUUUGUAUAAAUUCACCUACAGGGAGCGGGAAAACUCUUGCUUAUGCCUUACCAAUUGUUCAGAUGCUGUCUACACGUGCUGUUAAAUGUCUUCGGGCACUAGUGGUCUUGCCUACUAGAGACCUUGCUUUGCAGGUCAAAGAGGUCUUCUCUGCUCUUGCACCUGCAGUAGGUCUGUCUGUCGGCUUGGCAGUAGGUCAGUCAUCAAUUUCUGAUGAAAUCUCCGAACUCAUCAAGAAACCCAAUGUUGAGUAUGGCAUAUGUUAUGAUCCUGAAGAAUUCUCAUACGAGUUACAAAGUGCAGUAGACAUAUUAGUGGCAACUCCUGGAAGACUGAUGGACCACAUUAAUAACACUAAUGGUUUUACGCUCGAGCAUCUAUCUUAUCUUGUUGUAGAUGAAACAGAUAGAUUAUUAAGGGAAGCUUAUCAGUCCUGGCUUCCUACCGUCAUUCAGUUGACCAGCUCUUCUGUUGAUGGGAACUUCCCUUCUGUUGCUAAUCUUCUUCCUUGCACUUAUGGUUCAUUGAAGACAAUCAGAAGAAUGGGCACUGAAAGAGGGUUCAAGGGAAAAGCCUAUCCAAGGCUGGCAAAGAUGGUUUUAUCAGCCACACUAACACAAGACCCAAGUAAACUUGCUCAGCUUGAUUUGCAUCAUCCUCUUCUUUUGACGACUGGAGAAAGACGUUACAAGCUUCCUGAAGAACUCAAAUCAUUUAAAGUGCUAUGUCAAUCGAAGCUUAAGCCACUUUAUCUAGUUUCCCUUCUUCAAAGUCUGCAAGGGGAGAAAUCAAUUGUUUUCACAUCAUCGGUGGAGUCCACUCAUAGAUUAUGCACUUUGCUCAAGUUUUUCGACAAUUUGCAAAUUGAGUUCAAGGAGUAUUCUCGUCUUCAGCGGCAAUCUGUAAGAAGCAAGACGUUGAGGGCUUUCCGGUCAGGGCAAGUGCAAGUGCUUAUUUCCUCUGAUGCUAUGACUCGUGGAAUGGAUGUUGAAGGAGUGAGAAAUGUCAUAAACUAUGAUAUGCCUGCUUAUAUAAAAACAUUUAUUCAUCGGGCAGGCCGAACUGCAAGAGCGGGCCUAAGUGGAUGUUGCUUUACGUUAAUGCAUAAAGAUGAGGUGAAGCGCUUCAAGAAGAUGCUGCAAAAAGCUGACUGUAACUCUUGCCCUACCUAUUCUGCUUCUUCUGAAGUGAUAGAGUCACUUCGCUCUGUGUACACCUUAGCAUUGGAGAAACUAAGAGAGAAUGUUGAAUCAGAAAAGUUCAAGAAAAGCAAGAUUAGGUUGAAAUCUUCAAAUGUGAGAAAGGAGAAGUGAAAAGCUGCCCAUGGUGAUAACUUCCAUUUUCCUAGACAGUGUAGUACUCUGUUGCCAACCAGUUUAUGAUUAUAUCAUGAUUGUUGGCAUUGUUCUUGGUUCUCUAAUUGAUGCCACACAAAAGAGUACAGAAGGAAGUGUUCCAAUGUUGUUUCUCCUGACAGUGAUCUGGAUAUAUCGUGCAGUCGGUGGAAGGUCAAAAAGACUUAUCAUGUUUGCGGGAUUGUGAAAGCUGGACUUUGCUUGAAGGUUCAUUGCCAAAAUUUGAGUCUUUUAUGCUAUAACGAGAGAGAGAAAUCCUGUUUAUAAGCACCCAGGGGCGUCGAUGGAGACACGUUUUUUAUGGUUGGUAUGAAAAUAUUGAAUGGCUGGGAUUCUUCAUUGCUGGUGAAAUUUGAAAAAAUUGGAGAUUUUCAUCUUGAACUAUGAUUAUAAUGGCAGUCAUUAACUUUAAAAAUGACAGUCACCAGUUUUUGUUAUUUGCUGGAGAUCUCUCAUACUUCAGUUUUAUUUAUUUACGUUGUAUAUGGGUAAUUCCUCUGAAACAUUCACUCAACCUCCACGAGGAAGGAUGAAGUUCUAUGUACACUCUUUAUCUUCUCGAGACUACAUUUAUGGGAUUUCACUAAAUAUUUAUCGGAUUUCAGUGGGUAUAUAUAUUGUAAUGUUUUGAUAUUUGCAUUUUAUCUAUUUUUAUCAGAGUUGGUCAAGAAAACAUUUGAACUA